CCAACAACACCUGCCGUUUUAUUAUAAGCCAGGUCCAACCUACAUGGGCCGAGACCCAAUUAAACAGGCCCAAUUGUGUAAAAAAUGCUCCGAUCCCUGGCCCUGCUCCUUCCUCUACAGAAAGAAAAAUGGAAGAAGACCUGGACGGCGUCGUUCUGUGCUCCUCCCUCACCGUCGAGGCUAUGAUUCGUUUCGGAGCGGUAACAACAUCGCCUAUUCUACCUUGCUUGAAUCGCAAAAUAAUAGACCUAAUGAAAGAAACUUUAAAUUGUUCUUCAGACCGGUGCAAUCUGGGGCUUGUGUGCUGACUCGUCAACAAGGUCUUACAGGCUCUGCUAAAGCUUCUUUUUUGAUAAAUGAUUAGUUUUUCUUUUAUACAGCUUGACACACAAAGAUAUGGUCUACCAACCAAAGAUGCAAUACAUUGAUAUUUUUCAAUUGAAAUGGCUGUUUCUGUAUGAACUCCAUGGCUUGCUGGUUUGGCAGUCACACAUCAUACAUUGCUGCUUUUGCACGUCUUUUUUGUUCUGGUUCUCACACAUUGCACCAAGGCAGCAUGACCCUCUGGUUGCAUAAACAUUACCAGGAUACAUGCAGUACAUUUUCUUUUUUUUUAAUAAAAAGGCUUUUCAGAUGCUGUAAAUGUCCAAGCACAUAAACAGUCAGGCUUUCCACGGCAUUGCCCUUUGAUAUAA